UUUAUAGUGUACAAUUUCCUGGUUUUUGGUAGAUUUAAAAUGUGCAAUCAUCAACAAUUCCAGGACAUGUGCAUCACUCCAAAAAGAAAUGCUGUACCUGGUAGUAAUCAAACCCAGUGUCCUUCCAUCCCUCUCUAGCUUCUGGCAAACAAUUUACUUUCUGUGUCUAUAGGUUUGCCCAUUCUGGGCAUUUCUUGUAAACAGAACUAUAUAACAUGUGGCCUUUUGUGUCUGGCUUCUUUCACUUAGCAUGAUGUUUUGGGGUUCAUCUAUAUUGUAGCAUGUGUCAGCACUUCUUCAUUCCUUUUUAUGACUGAUAUUUUGUUAUUCCACGCUUUGUUUAUUCGCCAAUUAAUGCACAUUUCAAGUUUUUAUUAAAAUUCCUGUUCUUAGGUUCUAUAAUCCCAAAGCAUGGCGCUCUGGCAUAAGGGGGCAAAGCAUACUGAAAUAACGCCUCUGUUUGGCCAUGACUUGCUUGGGUUCCUAUGACCUGACUGAAAGGCAGGGCCUGUUUUGAGCAUGAGAACACAGGCUAAGAUGUGGAAACCUCCUGAAGAUCCUAAGGUUUACAGGAAAGCAGGGAUUCACUACUCCAGAUUCAGGGGCCACUGGGCCAAACUACAGAAACAGACUCAAGAUACAGAGAACAAUCUGGUAGUUAGUUGCCAGCCAAGAGGAGGGAUGGAGGGAUAGUGAAAUAGGAGAAGGGAAUUAAAAAUUAAAAGGUACAAAGUUCCAGAUAUAAAAUAAUUAAGACGGGAUGCAAUGUACAACAUAGGGAAUGUAAUUAAUAUUGUAACAACUUUGUAUGGUGACAAUUACUAGAUUUAUCCCGGUGACCACUUCCUAAUGUAUAUAAAUGUUCAAUCACUAUGUCGGGCACGCAAAAACUAAUGUAACAUCGUGUGUCAACAACGCGAAAUACAGAGAAAGGGAAAAGGAAUCUUGACUUUUGCCGAGCCCGGAACUGCGUCUCGGCCCCUCCCAGAUCCGUCAAAAGGAGCCGGAUGCGUGGCGCUGGGCUCCGUGCGUGACAGCGCUCAGCCAAUGGGCGUCGGGCGUCCGUAGUCCUGGCAACAGCCGCUUCCAAGCUCAGAGUAGCGUGACUCUCGCAAACACUGGAAUUACUCAUCUUUCAUACACCAGCCCCCGCGCAAGCAAACACAUACGGACACACACACAUUCACUCAAUCUUCACACCUGUUCGCAGCGCCGCGACUAUGGACGAUUUCUAUGAAACGUACCAGGCUGUGUUCUUAACCACUGCUGCUUGGUACCAGUCUGAGACCCUGGCUGAUGAUGAAAAUGCCAGCAAAGACCCCAUCUUCGAUCCUCAACUGGUUAUUGCUCACUGCUUCAAGCAGUUCAAGCAGGAGGGCUUCCACCUGCCUCAAAGCCGCCGGCGGAUCAUUAUCCUGCCACAAAAAGGAGAUCCAGUGCCCGUCAAUCCCAUGCCCCAGCCCCAGAGUCCCCCACAGCCCACCCCCACCUUCAGAGUCCUGGAAGCUGGAGACAUCCAAGGGCAGUUGGAGGACACGAGGACCUGGCUGAGCCGGCGGCUGAAGCUUCGGCAGGACCUGGAAUCAUUUGGUAACCCAGAGAGGUGGCUGCAGCACAAGCCCUGCCUCACGCCUUCAGAGGCCAAGAUCUUACAGGUGAUCCACAAAGAGCAGGAGCCCCAGCUGAGGGCCCAGCAGAUUACUAUCAGAGCCACCAAGAAGAAAUGCUGCCUACCCUUCCUUCGGGCCGUGCCCCAGCUCCAACUGCCCAAGCCCUCCGCCCUGCUGGCCUUGUAUUCCUACCUGCAUGGCCACAAGAUCAAGAUCCUGGAGAUAUUUAGCAAGGUGACCCGGGACAAGAACCAGAGUAUCUCCAGGGAGGAGUUCAUUGUGGCUCUGAAGUCAAUCAGAGUCCCUCUGAAAAACCAGGAGGUGGAGGAUAUUGUGAUCUAUCUCAGCUCUCUGGGGAAGCAAAACACCAUCACCAUGAAUAUCCUGGCCGUCAGCUACAAGCAGUGGUGUUUGGAUCAGCAGAGAAGCACCUUGCCAACCACCAGGGAGUAUUAUAGAUCUGCCAUGCAAAGAGCUUCCCCAGAGAGUCCAUCCAAGAAUCAGAAGGUGAGUUUAGCCCCACAGCCUCCCAAGAUGGACCUGCUGACCGUGCCCAUGGUGGACACGCAGAUGGAGGCACGGCCCAUGACCCUGGAGGAGAUGGAAGACGUGGGCAAGCGGUACCGGGAGAGGAAGCGGCAGCACAAGCUCACCAUCCCCUCCAUCCAGUACAUGGAGCAGUGCCGCCUGGUGCGCAGUGGGAAUAAACACUUCGACGAGCACUGCCUGCCAUCCACCAUCAGUGGGGAGAUGAAGGAGGUCGUCAACAUGUACCGCAGUAACAACUUUCUGGCUUACCUCCAGUGCUGGAAGCUCUGUGAGUACUACGGCCUCCCGCUGACAGAGGAUGUCCUCAUGAAAGCCCUGCUGUACCCGGGAGACAAGAUCGUUUUCCAUAAGGACCAGGUGCGCCCGAUCCGGCAGCCAGGAGGCUACUACUCGGACCUGAAGAUCUUCGGUCCAAGUCAGGCCCUGCUCAGGUCUCAGGGCUUCAGCGAGUCUCUGGCUAGGAAGGCUGACAAUAGGAGAACAUCAAAGAAAAUCAAGAAAAUACACUUUAAGGAGUUUGAGGAAUUCACCAGGAAGCUGAAGGCGAAAAGGCCCCAUGGUCCACAGCGAACCCAUCCCAAUUUCUUCUGGCCGGGUCACCUCCUGGACAAGCUGAGGCUCUACCUGCCCACUGUGGCCAGGGACCGGAGCUUGGCGCUUUUCAGCUGUGUCCAACCCCUGUCCCAUGCCUACGCAGCCACCUACCACCCCAACCACUGGUGGCCUAUUAGGAACAUGAACUACAUGACCUGUGCCUAUUAUGAUGCCCCCAAAGUCUUCUCCAUCAACUAGAGGGGCCUGGGUGUCAUUGGACCCACCCAUCCUUGGCCCAGGGGUCAGUGCAGCCAGUAGUCCAGUGCCAUAGACCCAGGGGGAUAUCCAAGAGCCAGACAAAAGAAAUCAUUUCAGUGGGAUGGUCCGGGGCCUGCUCUCUCCCAAGCAAAAGUGUCCAGUGUCUCAGAGGGUGUAUGUGUCCAGGCAAAGCUGCAGUUUCUGUGUGUUCCCUUGUCCUGACCUCUCCCUUUUGAAAUAAACCAGGUUGGAGUUUUUUCUCAUGCCUUCUGUGAUCCUGCUCAUGGGGUUUCUUGCUCAGAGCUAUGGCCAGAG